UUUAUGGGAAAAUACCUCCCGACUCACUGAACACUAGGAAAUGCUGUUGUGAAAGGCAGGUGAACAGUUUUCUCCUGCUGUCCCAGGGAGAUUACAGCGGGACAUGCUUCCAGCCACUGAACAGAUUGACUUCACUUGCAGCGUCAUGGGAAUCUCGCUCGCAAGGGGGAGACUUGGCUGUACCUCUGAAAACAAAGGCAGUAGAAGUCUUUAUGUGAAAAUAAUAAAGUCUACCACAUGGAACCUGUGAGUGUGUCACUAAACAGGAUUACAGGAUAGUUUUUGUUAUUGGCACCCUCCAGGAGAAGGUAAGAGGAGCUGUGGAGUUUUGUCCACACAAAGCCCUUUUGUUCCCAGCCAACGGCAGAGGUGGAAUAGGAGCAGCUUGGUAACUAGAGGUGGGGUGACAAACUUUUUCUGUGUGACAUUUUAAAUGGACAGUUUGCUGGAGCAUCUACUUGUGUUGGUUUGCAUCUGCUCUUAGUUGGAGUAACAAAAAUGGACAGCGCAAGUAGUGACUUAUUUGAACAGGGCAAACAGCCCAGUAGUUCCCUCCGAGGUGUCUUGAGCAAUUUCUUCACACGGGAUCGCUCUCCCUCUUCGGAUGUGGAGUGUGCUGUGCUGGUCUCAUUUAAAGAGCUUCCAGAUGGGGAGACGUAUGACGCUGAGGACAGUCAAUCUGUUAACACUGAGAACAAACUCCAAGGGAGGAAGGAUUCGGCUCAGGGUGAUGUGACUGCUACCGGUCGUACAGUGCAAAAGGUCGAAUCGCCAAUCAGCGACUCUGACGAACAGGUUAAAGCAGCAGCUGAAGCCCCGCUUGACCCUGAUCUGGUCCAGGUCACUAGGGUGGAAACGCAUAGUGACAAUGAAAAUGAGGACGACGAAGUGGCCCAUGAGGCCAAGAAGUCUACUCUAUCAGAGGAGGACAGUAAAAAAGUAGACCAAGAGGACAGGAAUGCCAGUGAAGCAGCACUACAAGUGCCCAUGUUUAGAACACAUAAACUUACAGAGAGAUCCCGCGUAGAGGCUAUGUUAUAUUCUAGCAGGUUUGCUGGCAGAAGUAUCUCUAAGACAGUUCAGCUUUCUUCAAUUUCCAAACAGAGAACAGGCUACACUCUCAAGGAAAGUACUCCCCCAGUGUCUGAGAGUGCAGAACCAUUGGUUGCUGGAGAUGUGGGAACAGGUGAGAGUGAGGAGUAUGAUGGAAUAGAUUGCUCUCAACCAGUUCCCUCAAUUAUCUCUGGGAAUCAGUCUUUGGAAUCUCCAGACAGUGAUGUUAAUGUGGCUUCUCCUACAAAACAGACGGACGGUACACAAGAGGAAGAACCAGCUGAGCAAACGGAUGAACUUUGUUCUAGCCAGAUAUCCUCCUCUGUUCCCUCCAGCCCUGAGACUCAUAAAGCCUCGGUCCCAACAUCCUCUCCAGAGGAGCAGUCAGACACUGGCUUUAAAAAACCCUUGUCGCUGUCUUUUCCAUCUAAAAAGACUAAAAGUGACAGCCAAGCAGAUGCCGGUCCAGAUGCUAAGCUCACAAAAACUCCUAAGACGAGCACAUCAUCGGCUUCGUCCACCUCAUCUCCAUCCAGGGGUGCAGAAAUCUCUUCACCACCGUCCUUUCACAUGCCUGCUCUAUUCAGUGGUUUGCGGGUGCUGAAGAAAGGAGGGGUAGGGGAAGACAGGGAGGUUGUGUCAGAGAUCAAGCAGAGGGAGAAGGAUUCUGAGCUGGCUCUGCUUAACCUUAAGAAGUCUGUGAACAAAGCCAAGCUCUUCCCCGAACAGAAGACAGGCUCUCCUAUGAAAAAACACACUGAACCUAAAUCUAUUACAGAAACUAAAAGCACUGUAGUGGGACAACUCAGUCAUCUGCUUAAGCUGGACAAUGAUGACCCAAAAAACUCAGUCAAUGGGCAGGAGGGGGAUUCUUUAGGAAGCAAACAAGAGUCUGCAGAAGGAGAAGUUGUUUCAGGAGCGAAAACUCCAGAAACUCCAGCUUCCACUCUUGAGAGAAAGACAACCUCAGACGUGGCCUACGAAACCUUCAAAAACCUCCUUGGGCCCAGGACCACCAAAAAGGAGAAGACAGAAGCUGUAGAUCUGGAGGCGGUGAAAAAGAAAAUAAAAAACGAUAAGGAAAAUCUGAGGUCGAUAUUUGAGAGAACCACCAAAUCUCCUAGCAAGGAGGUCAAAAGUCCCAAAGAAGCUAUUGUAUGUAGUUACACAAUUAUAUUUUAA